AUAUACAUAUAUUAUAGGCUUUCCUUUUAUUGUUACCACAAUAUUCAGUCUUGUUAAAUUGGAUUUACUCAAAAUUAUGCCGCACCAGCAGAAAUCGAGCGUGUUUUAUAGUGAGCGGAAUGACUGCAUGGCGGGUCUGAAAACCACAACACAGGAUGCCCUGGAAAGCGGUGCAAAGAAACAAACAGCACGUCCUGAAGUAUUCAAGAAAAUUGUGGAUUUUCGUUCCUUCCAGUCGAAUCAAUAUUCAGCAGAUGAGACGUUUGUGCCGCAAGAUAAAGAUCCUCUUGUUUCCAGCUAUUCCAAGGACUACACCUGGUCAGGCCAUGGUUCUAAAUUGCGAAAAUGUGUGCCCGAAGAAACCUUGCCAGAUCCGGACUUUUGCCGCCGACAAGUUAAUCCAUUUUACAGCAUAACCUCGAGCCCAUUCAAAUUCAUGGAUGAUCAUCUCAAGAUAGAACUGGUGACUGAGCAUCGAAAGAAAAUUGACUUCUUCAGACAGCUAAGAAAUCAAUCUCAAAUUUUCACAGAUUCAUAGACUAUACAAUAAAUAAAUAAAUUAUUGACAUA